UUUCUUUACCUUUUUUCUUUCUUCACUAUCGGGAAAAUCAAUAACACGCAUCGCCAUUAGCGACCCUCUUCUCAAGCAACAGCAUUUCUCCUUUCUCCAUUGUCACACCUAACAAUUUUUAGCUUUGGGCUGUAAAAAACGGGCAAGGAAAGAAAACCCAGUUAAUACCUUCGACAAGGUAAACAAUGGCAUACGUGGAUCAUACGUUCUCAAUAUCAGACGAUGACAUAAUGAUGGAGACAUCGUACAUCGACAACCGGCCACCGAUCAAGGAGAUCGCCCUCGCCGUCUCGCUCCUCGUCUUCGGCGCCCUCGGGAUCGUGCUCGGCGUCUCCAUGGCAGUCAAUAGAGUCGGCGGGGACCGAGCUCACGGGAUAUUUUUUGCUAUACUUGGUGGGAUUCUAUUUCUUCCCGGGUUCUAUUACACAAGGAUUGCCUACUAUGCUUACAAGGGUUACAAAGGUUUCUCCUUUGCCAAUAUACCUGCAGUUUAGACAUGUUUGUGAGAGACAAAUCCAAGCAAUGUACAGAUGUCCCUUUUGCUCUCAGCUGUUUUUUUGCACACGUUUUUUUUCUACUGUUGUUUACUUGUUUACCCUCUUGUUGGUGUAAAUCACUUCGCAAUUUACACGAAUCGGAUUUGUUCGUGUGUAGACUGGAGUAUGUAUGGAUGUUGGAUAUAGAAUUUUGUUGGAAAGUGAUUUGAUUAUUUUUAUUUCUUUUAAUUUUUGGAAAAUGAUGGAUCUUAUAUGAGGAAGUCCAUAUUUCUGUAGCAAACAUUAUUAUUCCGGUCAAUCUUGCUUUUCCAUGAAAAAUAUUACAAUCAC